AUCCGCGAAUAACAUUUCCCAUAUUACCGCCAAAACACGUAAUUCUAGCGUUAAAACUGUCGAAUAUUUCAGCUCUCUUUAUUAUUACUCACACGAUGCGCACUCGCUUCCUCGCCGCAGCCGUGACGGCCGUCACUGAUCUGGUUGAAACCCCAGACUUCUACCACCUGCCUCUUCCGCAUCUUACUCCUCCAAAAUGUUCCUCGUUUUCUGCAAAUUCUGCACACUCUUUCGAUGAAAUCCCCUUUUUUGGAGUAUCUCGCGAAAUCGAUAAGCUGCCGAUCGACGACGCUCUCUUAAUAUUUUUGGCUGACGUUGUUCCUCACUUCGUCUGCGAUGCAGAUAUUCAGAAACCUCAAAUUGAUAGCAACACUGAAAGAUAUGAGGACAAUGAUGGACCAAUUCCUGGUAAUAAAGGCGGAGAGGAACCUAUUGUGCGGUUUGAAAUUCCAGAGAUGGAUAUGGCCUUGCUUCCAUCUGAAAGUUCUGCCCAUUCCCAAAUCGAGCACAUGGAUAUUUUCUCUGAGGUUCCAGAUGCUGAAUAUACAGAGGACCUGCUAAAUUCUGAGUUUGUACUGCAUGACCUGGCUGAGAUUCAACGGUUACUUUAUGUAGUUGAUGACAUAAGUAUAGAAAACUUAACAGAGCAAAAGGCUGAUAUGCUGGAAGAUGCUGAUUCUGUUCAAGGAAAACAUCAUUCUUAUAACAUCAAAUUUCCUGAAUUUGAAGUGGAUAUGGAAAGCCUGGGUGUUAUUGGAAGAACACUUAUGAUGGAAGAAGUUUUGAGUUUUGAAAAUAUUGAAAAGAGGCAGGUGAUGCAAGAAGAUAAUAACAAAGAGCUUUUGGUUUCUAUGGAGUCUGACUUGAUAAACUAUAUGUUCCAUCAUUCUGAAAAACUAAAUUGCCUUGAAGGAACAAAUUUGUCAUCAGAAGUGGACUGCAUAAGAAUUAUUGAACUGUCACAUAACCAGCAGUACCCAAUGCUCUGUGGGAAAGCAGAUGGAUUUUCAAUUUGGUCAGAGGAGCCAACUCCAUUUGAUGAGUUUAUGUUUAUUGAUUUGGAUCUGUAUAGUUUCUGCGAGGUGCUUUCAGAUUCGGCAAAGGAGAUUGAGUAUGAAACAUGUGAACACAUGUUUGGAGAAGCCAUGAACUUUAAAAGUUUUAGCCAAUUGGUUGUUUGCCAUGAGCUUACUCUUCUGGAUGGCACUUUUAAAUCUCUGCCGGUGCCUAUUAUUUCAGAUCAUGAAAAUUCUAGCUCACUAUGUACACUGAUUGAGAAUUUAUUGGCCCAGUCUGAUUGGCAGUGUUCAUCUGCAUCUGAUGAUCUAUAUCUAGAUUGGGAUUUUCUUGGAGAAAGCGAUUGUGAAUCAGCGAAAUAUUCUUCAUGUUGGAAAUUGUUGGGGGAGAUAGACACUUACAGCAUUGACAUUGAUAUGUGCUCAAAUGAUAGUGGAAUAGUGAUUUUGAAUUUUAUUCUAUCAGAAGGCCAUUCUAGGAAACCAAACCCAGAAAAGGACACAGAAGUUUUAGACUUGUCUUGUUCUGAUGUCUCUAUACCUCAUUCCUCUGGUAAAGUAGAGUUAAGUAGCUUGAAGAAUCGAGGCGAUGGAAAACGAAAAAAAGAUGAUAUCUUAUUGAAAAUUGGUGUUGAGAAGAUUCAAUUGUUUGGUGAAUCAAUGACAAGUGAUCUUGAAUUUUUCCUCAACCCCCGUAACUAUGUUCUAGGAAAAGAAAAUAUACCUGCAGAUAAGCCAGUUACCAAAACUUUGAGUCAAGGGUGUAUGUUCAGUGGUGACUCUGCCACUGCUAGUUCUACCACUUUUGUACAGCAGAGCUUGAAUGUAGAGGAACAUGAGGAAAGAGACUUGGGUUUGGCAUCAGCUCCGGAGGGGUGCAAACUGAAGUUGGAAGAGCUAUUAAAUGCUGUACCUGUCAAGAAAACCUAUGGAAAUGAACCCAUGGAAGCUGUAAAUGAUGCUGAAGUCAGCAAUAUGAUACCUGUUCGAUCCAUGUCAGUGGGUUCAGAAUCAAAGCAAAGUCUUUCUUGCAUGCCUUUUGGCCCCAAUGCAGUUAUAAUAGUGAACACCAGAAAUUUCAACGAAGAAAUGGUAAUUUCCAGGAGAACCACAUACCAGAGGAUUCUUGAAAUCGAACAAGAAGGAGCACAAGUUGUAGAACGCGAUAUAGGUCUUCCAGUUGACGUAAUUGUAAGUUCUGCAGUUUGUCUCACGUGGUAUGACUGCAAAAAUAUUGGAAAGAAAGCUUCAGCGCCAGACGAGGGCUUUUCAAGCUUACCCUUAUGCAUUGAAAGUGUUGCAGCGAGUAUUUUGACAUCCUUGAGUUUUGCUUUCAGUUGCUGCAUCCUGAUAUUUGAAGGAGAAAGCAAUUUUCUUGGAAGCAUUAUGGAAUCAUCAGACGAACUCUAUGCAGCAGCAGCAAGCUUAGGAGUUGAUAUACAGCUCUUUUGCUCGUAUUCACAUGAGAUGACUGAAGAAAUUAUAUUGUCCUGCAUCAAAGCUGCGGCAAAGUUGAGAAUGAGUCUCUAUCCUAAAAUGCCCGACUCAGAAAGCCUGGCAGAAUCUUUUCUUACUGCUUUUCCUUCUAUUAAUCCUCUCUCAGCUCAUGCGAUAUUGUCUUCAGAUAUUCGACUUGGGAACCUUUUCGAACUGUCAAAUGGGUCCAAAAUGGGCGCUCUUCAGAAAUAUCAUAUUCCUGAUGAAAGCAUAGCUUUGCUUAGUGUAGCAAGCAAAUACGGAGAGCGGGAAGAUUCUAAAUCAGGAAUGACAGAUUGUUCCUCCUCACUAUCACUUCCAGACUCAGGAAAUGCUCGAGUUAAAAGUUCAUCUGAGAGGAAGAAACCUAAAUACACACACAACCUAAAUGCUGAUCAGCCUUUAAAUGACUUGUUUGCUGUGGAUCUAGGAAAAUCACUUCCUGAUUUUGAACUUGAUCUCCCUAAAGUAUCAGUAUCGGGUGAUUCCUGGCUGUCAAGAAGGGCUGAGAUAUCUAAAGCGGAGGAGUUCAGUUUAUCUUACAAUGAUGAAUCACUGUUUCAUAGUCAGGAUAUUGAUCUUGAUGUGAUGAGGUCUUAUGCUGCUGGCAUGAUGGAGUCUGUUGAUAAGUCAAGCCUUUAUGACUUUCCGUUGCCAAAAGGUCUUCAAAUAUCCGAUGAGAGUGAGAAUGCCUGGGUGCCUCCAAUUGAAAUAGAUUGCUGUCCAAGUUGGAGAUCAACCACCACAAUAAACAAUGACUUGAGCAGACGAAGUGUGAAGCUAAAUGGGAUUCGGCAGGGUGAUUCUACUGGUGAAGUUAUCAAUUUAGAGGAUAGUGCAGCAUUUGGAAAAGAUUUCUUUAUUGCAACCACCAGUAGCUUUUCACCUACUCUGCUUGACAAUGAGAACGAAUAUUCUGCAAGAAACUCUGGAAUGAAUAAACGGUCUUCCAGCGCAAUCAAUCUUCCCAAAUUUACUAAUCCUACUGAGUUGCAGUCUGGCUCUGGUGCUUGGCUUUCUAAAAAUAAUAAGAGACAUAUCUUGAGUGAUGAAAUCAGACCAAAUGAUAUCGUUAACAGAAACAAUACUUCUAUGAAACAAAAAGAGCUGGAAAAGGAUAUGAUGAAAAGAAAUUCACAAAAUCCCUACAAGUAUUUUCAAGAAAAGGGAAGUUUUGACAGCACACCAUUCUCAAAUGCUCUUCACUCCACUCAGCCUCAAGGAUCACCCUGGACUAUUGAAUUCCUUAACAGAGUAAGGGAAAAGAGUAGAAUGCAUAAGCAAUCUGUUUCAUAUGACUUACCCUCUCCAUAUCUUCGUUCCUCUGGGAACAUAUCCAAAGCUACUAAAAGAAGAAGUCCCUCAAUUCUUGAAUUCUACAAGUAUGAAGGGGGUGGUACCCCACAGAAAAUAGUUCAAGAGAAGAGACUGAAGAGAUUUUCACAAGCAGUAAACUCAUUGAAGACUAAGAAGGCUUCUGCUUCAGGUCCUUCGUCAACUCCAGCUGAUAAGAAAGCAAGACGGACACUAUCUUUCUCGACAUAUGGAAGUGCUGGGCAAAGUAAGCUCAUUUGGAUGGAUAAUGAUUACCAACCCACACAAAAGAAACCCAUAGCAUCAAUGUGAGUUUUCUUUGAGAUUUUCAAUCUCUAUGAAUUGGAUCAAGAGUCUCUAAUCCUUGGUGACGGCGGAGAAGAUACAACCAUUUGAAUGGGAGGGGAGGCAGGAAUUGAAUUCCAUGAUCUAGACCGGAAGUACGGGGCAAGCGACAACAAUAGGAGGCUCAAUUUGAAAAAAUUGGUUCAGUUACUUCAACGUAUUAGCUUUGCUGAAUCAGGGGAAAACUGCGGAACGGUGGACGUGGAAUCCAGCCGUGGAUCACAGAAGUAGAAGAUGAGGAUCCACUUGCCAAUCUAAUGAAUCUCAAACAGGUAUCAACUCUUCAAACUUUUUAAAACCCCUUCUUGUCGACAAAAUGGUGUCCCGACUCUUCUAUAAAUGAGUGGUAACCCUCUCUCCUUAUAAGACCUUUUAAGGGGGUGAGUGACCCAUUUUCUAACAUAACUUAUAUUAACGCUUUUGCCGAGUUAUAUCCUAGGGCUGGAACUUAAGAAGAUCAAGCACAACGUUUGUUCUUGUCUGGCUUAGUAGAUGAUUUGCAGACACUGGUCCGGAUGUUUAAACCAACUACCCUAGCCAAUGCAUACGCCCCUUCAAAGCUCCAACAGUUCACAUUGACCUGCGUAUUACCUGGAUUUUAUGAGAGUGAUGUGCGGCCUAGAGAGACAGUGGUUGAAGAUUUAGAUUCUUCCAUGGAGAUAACACAGAAGUGUCUAUGGUGGAAGCAGAACCAGAUAUUGGGCAUGAUAAGUGGCUGAAUGAAGCUCUAGAGGAAUCCAUUGCAGAAUCCUUCCUUCACCAAGGUUUUAUCAAUUAUUGAUACAUCUGCAGACACCUUUGCCUCAAGACCUUGGCAAGCUCCCGGAACUGCAUGGAAGGGGAUUGCAUAUUCAGCUACAAAGUUUGCUGAUACGUGGAUCAUAGUUGACAAGAACUGCAAUGGUCGUGGAGAUGAAAAUCUCUUAUUUGGAUUAAUUUCAAUUGAUAGGUGCUUCUGUAUUGAUGGAUGUCCAGAACAGUUGGCGAAAAUCGGCAUGUUGCAGGAGAAGGUUGGCCAAGAUGACAUCAAGAUAAGUUCCCUAUAUUCAGUCAUUGAUGGAGUUGAACACUUGUUUUGUUCUAAUUUACAGCCCGAGCCCUUGUAAGGUUUUGGUCCUUAUAAGAUUUUGAACCCAAUCAAGACCAUGGCUUACAAGCUCCCUCCACCAUCUGACGCACAAAUGGCUUUUAAUACUGCUCCUUGUCCUUUUUAUAUCAAGAUGGUCUCCAUUAGUUCUACUUCUUUCUAUCUGGGUUUCUCCAUAAUUAUCGUAUACGGAGCUUAUAAUAGUCCCUAUACAUGAUUUCUUUUCCUUUUUUGGUUUGUUAAAUUUAUGUAUUGCUUCACAUCAAGACUGGCAUAUGGACAAGUUGAACUGCUAAUUUGUGUAAUAUUUACAAGGA